CGCAUAUUUCCGGAAAUCUGUGUUCUUUCGUUUGGUAUGAUAGUUUCGGGAAGUCCGUCCGUUUCUCGUUACAUGUUAAUGGACAAUAUGUUGUGUAGUAUCAUUUAAUUGGUAUUUUUGCUGUCAUUUGUUGAUUCAUCAAUGGAUUCUACAAUUUCUCAGAAUAAGGAUUCUGCCCCUUUGAGACGGUCGUCAAGGCAGUCAGUGGGGAAAGUAUUGAAAUUUGAAGCAACCGUCAGGGGUCCUUUAAAGCGGGGUAAAAAGAGAUCAGAAGAUCGUUUUGCCACCAAAACAGUCAAUGGUUCCAGAGAUGUGGAAAAUGGCUUGGAGGACGAAGAGUCCCCCAGUAAGAAGAGCCGCCUUGAUACCGAAAGAGCUUGUGGUGACAGUAAUAAUGAAAAUAAGAUGGAUUACCAGGAAGCAGCAGAAGAAGAGGAGGAAAUGGAGGACCAGAAAUUGGAAAUUGGGAAGGAAUUGUCCUAUGAGAGGAAACAACUAAAAAUCAGCAAAGAUGAACUGGGAGAACUGAAUCUAUCUCCUUUUGUGGUGCUCGGUGAACGCUGCCCGACAAUUCCCUUGCGUGAAAACUAUGACCAGUUGAAACCUCAAAGAGAGUCAAAAGCACCGGCAUCCCCCACCAAGACUAAUGUGCAUACAAAACCACUGGAGAUUAGACGAGAUGUAAAGGUCACCAGCAUGGCUGAUUAUCAAAAGAAAAUGGACGCUAUAGCAAGGAGUAAAGAUACAACCACAGUUAACCGACGAAUCCCAAGCAUGGUUCCAACCCCAGAGAAAACCUACCCAACACGACGUGUGAAAAACAUUCCUGCACCCAAGUCGAGCGUUGAUCCGAAAAAACAAGAAAAAACAAAGAAAUCUGCAGUAACCAAAGGAAGCUCUGGAAAUUCCCGUAGAGGGUUUCUGUGGAACAUAUGGGGUUUGCUUUUCCUGCUACUUCUCAGCUCCGCCACUCUGCUUGCGUACAAAAUCGUCCCUUUCCUCCAAAAGACAGCGGACGGUGUGGUGCCUCCGUCUGGAGGCUCGAUUCCAGAAAAGCUUGGUGACUUUCUGUCCCUUCUAGAGGCUCACUUCCCCAGACAGCGAGCGGAGUUGUGGAGGAUGAGUAAGAUCCACUUGGAGAAGCACCUUAAAACUGCCCAGCCCACAGAGCCGGUCAGUCUGAUCUUGGCAGCAGGGCUGAGGGCAGAGAGGACCCUGCACUGCCUGGCCCAGGGCCUGGCCUCCGCAUACUCAUCUGCCCUCAACGCCUCUGUCCUGCUCCUGGACGGAGCGGCCAAAGCCGGCCAGGACAGCGACGAGGUCAAGCUAGACAUCGACAACCGGCUGAAGGCAGCUUUUGGGGGAGACACGCCGGUGGCGGUCAUCCAUCGCUUCGAUGAACUGCCGCCCGGUUCCACCCUGAUCUUUUACCGUUACUGUGACCACGAAAAUGCGGCGUAUAAGAAGGUGUUCUUGUUGUUUACCGUGCUGCUGCCCGAAGAUGAAAUCGGGGAUCAGCUGAGUUUAAAGGAAGUGGAGGAGAUGGUACAAGAGCACGUUGAGAGCAAGCUGGUGCGCUCCACGAACGCAGCCACAUUCAAUGAAAUGGAUAUUGACAAGUUCGGUGGGCUCUGGAGUCGCAUCUCCCAUCUCAUUUUACCUGUGGUGUCAGAGCUUAAGUCUGAGCCAGAUAAAUGUCCCCACAACAAGCCAGAUUUUCUAAAAUCGUACAGCAACCACAUUGGACCAAGCUGAUUUUUUAGAAAAGAUGUAACAUAAUUGAUAAGGAAAUAUUAUUUGUGAUGUGGUAUUUAAGGCCUGCAGACUUGAUUUCAAAUGCUCUCUGUUAGAGAUGAGAAUCUGCUCAAAGUGGAAUUUUGUAAUUGAGUUUAGGGAGUUGAAAAUAUGUACAGGAUUAUGUGAGAUGACUUGUGUUGACAUACAGGUGUAACAGUAGUGUUACAUUGACAUAUUUCCCUCAUAUUUUGAUAGAAAAUGUUUUUUUCCCCAGACAUUUUGUUCUUGUUCCGCAUCCAUGUACCAUAUUUUUCACAAGCCUGUAAUGCAGAAUUCAUCCUAAAUGUUUUAUAUUCUACCAAUGUCUUUGUUUUGAUAGGACAUUGACAUUUCUUCCUCUUCCACAAAUCUCAGAGUGAACUGAACGACCUGUUAACUGAAGAUGUCACUUCAGUUAACAGUCAGGUAGUUUUGCACUGAUCAAAGGAAAUGUCUGUUUGGUUUUGUUUUUUCUUCGCUUCAAGACAUCUUAUCCAUAAUACAGGUUUUUACUGUUGUGAGUGUUUUUUUAAUUUCCCUUUCUGAAGAUGUGUAUUUUGUGACAUAUUUCUUAGAUCGAAAUCUUUUUAAAUAUCUAUAUAUUUUGGAUUUUAAAAGGUUUGAUAUUUGCACUGCUCAAGAAAAACACUCAAAUAUUUUGAAAAUGUUAAAAACAUGCAGGUUCAUAUGAAGUCAUUAAAAAUUUGUAAAAUGUGAAACUUGGGCUGACUGUUUCAGACACAAAAAUUGUGCCUUUCAAAAUAUAAAGGCAAGACUGCUUUUGAAAAGUAACCAGAACAUUAACUGAUCAUAUUGUACUUUACCUUGACAACCUCAGAACUCAAACAAGGUUUCUUUCAUUGGAUUUGUUAGAAAUUAAUAAUUAACAGUGUUACCACUGUUAUGUUUUAAUUCCUAGUUCCUGUUAUUGCCCAGAUCCAUUUUCUUUUCUUCUGUUUGAGUGUAUAAUCUGAGCACUGAAUAUUUUCAAUAAAGACUAUUUUGAUAAUCAGGAGUUAAUGUUUAAGAUUCAGAAAAAGUGUGAGGCAAAAUUCGUAUUUGACUUUAGGGUUACAACUGACUAACCAGGAAGUUGUCACUUUACAACAAAGUGGAAGGUUGAUGAUUUACUAGUUGGAUUUCCACUGAAAAUGUCAGCUGCUUAAUAGCUCAUCCGAUGCACCUUUGACCAGAAGAGGAACUUCCAACUUGUAAUUUGCAAUCAACAUUUAGAUUGUUUUUUAUCAUCUAUACAUGUUGGUGUAGCAAGGUUUGUCUUUUAUAUUAGAAGCCCAUUCCGCACAGUUUCUGAA